AUGAAAACAAUAAUCAUUGUAGCAUUCUUAAUGGCACUUGGCUUAAGCUAAAGACUCAGUUUUAACGAUCAAAACUGUAACAAAUACUUAGAAAAAUUUGGAACAGCCAAUAAUCCUGAUGGAACAGGAGCAACCAAAUUGGCCUUUACAGGAGACGUAUAGUUUGUUACAGGCACAACAAACGUCAAGGUCAACCUUAGAUACUCAGAUGUAGAUCUCUUUAAUGAUGCUACAUAUUUUGGACUUGUUUAAGAAGAUGGAAAGACAGCAGCCACCACAUGUCUUGAUCUUAAACUUUGGAAAUUCACUUCAAAUGCUUAUUCUGAUCCAGUUUAAGUAACAGAUUUACCCAUAACACCAUCAAACAAUUUCUAAAAAUAAUGGAGAUAUUAUUCAUUUACUAUUCCAGGAGAUCAAUUAGCAACUAGAUUAGUAUAGACCACUAACAGCGCAUAAUUCAUCUACAAAGGCUACUAUGCUGUUGCUUAUUAUGCUGCAGGUACUAAUGAAGUCUAAUAUACUUUCUAUUUUGAAUUCUCAGUCACUGUUGAUAGAGCAAGUGGUGCUUCAGUAGACACUUCAUUCAAACCAUUAAGUUAGACAUCCACAUUAGGUUGUGCUCCAAAUUAAGCUUGCAAUGCAAAAGCUGACACUAUAUUAAAAUGGUGCACUGAUUUAAAAUGUACCUAAUUUUCAACACCUGAUCUACAUUUGAAUGAUCAAUUUGUUUUAUAAUAAGUAGUUACCACUGCUGGUAUGAACUACUAUCUGACUGGAACAGAGGUUUGGUAUACUGGUAAUGGAUUGAAUAAGAAAGCAACGAUAAUCAGUGUGAAUAAUAAUACAAAAGGAUAAGUUAUAAUUUAAUUAAAGGCUGAAAUUGCUUGGAGUUCAGUCACUAUUAGAGUUACCUCUACUUUAUCAGAUAAUUAAACAGGAGGAAGAAGACUUUUGGUUUAAACCACUUAUGAUCCAGUAACAGGUGAAACUGACGAAAUCACUUGUAUUAAGGCUGAAGGAAAAGAAACAUGUCCUACAUGUGAAGAGGAAACAUAAGCAAAUGGAUUUUAAAGUAAUGAUUGCAAGGAUAGUCCAGGUGACAGUUCUUCAAAUGGUUACAUAUUAGCAGGGUUCAUUACUCUAUUAAUGUUGAUUUGA